AAGCCUUCAAGCUCCUCUCUCUCUCUUACUAUUUCUCCUAAAAUUCUUGCUGGAAGUUGGAACUCACUGUGUCAAAAACCAAAACCAAAACCCAUAUUUCCUUUUUUCCACUCUCUCUCUCUAGAAGUGUCUCUGCACUUUCUCUCUCUAAACAGACACACUCGCACUUCACUUGAUGGGAACGAAAGCAAAGGCGCACCACCACCAGUACAAUGCUAAUGGUGCAGGUGGUGGUGGAGGCAACGGCAGUGAGAGCAGCAACAGCACCUCACCUAGCCCACCUCCGUCGCCUCGCCGUCACUUCACAGUCCCUCACUGCCGCCGGAAGCUCCGCACAAAAACCAUCUCCGUCGUCUCUGGUUUUCUUCUCCUCCGCCGAUUCCUCCGCUUACUGGUGGUGCUUCCCCUGCUCUACGUCUCCGGCCUGCUCAUGUGCGUGGGCCCGUUCUCCGGUCUAGUGGGCCAUACCCCUCUUCCCGGUUCCGUUUACCGCAGUCACGAGAUGUUUCAGCUGCUCUGGCCUCACAUUCUGGCCGAUAAUUCGACUCCAAUUGAGUUGUCCUCUGUAUGGAGAUACAGAAGAAAGCUGAAAGAGCAGAAGCCUUGCCCGUCAUCAACUGCUGGACUACAAUUAGAUUCCCCUGGCCCUAGUGGUUACUUGAUUGUGGAGGUUAAUGGUGGUCUUAACCAACAACGCUCUGCGAUUUGCAAUGCUGUGGCACUUGCUGGACUUUUAAAUGCAGUUCUACUUAUUCCUCGCUUUGAAUUCCAUAAUGUUUGGAGGGAUCCGAGCACUUUUACUGAUAUAUACGAUGAAGAUCAUUUCAUAGCCACCCUUGAAGGCCAUGUUAAAGUGGUUAAAGAACUACCGGAGAUGCUGAUGGAGAAAUAUGAUCACAACAUCACUACCAUACCAACCCUUCAUGUCCAAGCUUGGGCUCCUGUCCGUUAUUACACAGGAGAAGUUUAUCCUGUCCUGCAAAAGAAGGGGGUUAUCCGCAUAGCUCCAUUUGCUAAUAGACUAGCAAUGAAUGUCCCACCUCCUAUUCAACAUUUGAGAUGCCUUGCUAAUUAUGAAGCAUUGAAAUUCUCUUCUCCCAUAUCAAAUUUGGCAAAUAAACUAGUUGAACGAAUGACUGAGAUGAGUUCAAGGACCAGUGGAAAGUAUAUUGCAGUCCACCUCCGCUUUGAGGAGGACAUGGUGGCAUUCUCAUGCUGUUUGUAUGAUGGAGGAGAGGCUGAAAAUGUUGCAAUGAAUUCAAUUAGACAAAAAGGAUGGGGAGAUAAGUUCAAAAGAAAAGGCCGCGUAACUCUACCUGGUCUCAAUAGGAUUGAUGGAAAGUGCCCACUAACCCCCUUGGAGGUUGGAAUGAUGCUACGGGGUAUGGGGUUUGACAACAGUACUUUAAUUUAUUUAGCCUCAGGGAAAAUCUACUGGGCAGAGAAACAUUUAGCCCCUCUGCUAAAGAUGUUUCCCUAUCUGCAUACGAAGAAGUCUCUUGCCACCCCAGAUGAGCUUGCUCCUUUUGAGGGAUAUUCAUCGAGAUUGGCAGCUUUGGAUUAUACAGUAUGCUUGUUUAGUGAGAUAUUUGUAACAACACAGGGUGGGAACUUCCCGCAUUUCCUAAUGGGUCACCGGAGAUUCCUCUACAAUGGGCAUGCCAAGACUAUUAUGCCUGAUAAGCGCAAGCUUGUUGUUCUACUGCAGGACAUGAGUAUGAGUUGGAAUGAUUUCAAACUUGAGAUGGAAGCAAUUCUCACUGAAAGUGAUCGCAAGGGAAAGAUAGUACCGAGAGUGAAAAAAUUCACCCGAAAAUCUUCUGUGUACACAUACCCUUUGCCAGAGUGUAGUUGUCUCCAAAAGCACAAUAACACACAGAUUGUCCAGUCUACACAUUCUUGAUUCUUUGUUACAAAGCUAUGAGAAAUGGAAAAACAAACCUCGUGCUUGAGUCGUUUAUUCCACCUGUGCUGUCAUCAGUCAGAAGCUUUAAAUUGGGGGCUUUAGCUCCUUUCUUCCGUGGAUUUUGAAAAGAGGCUCGUUGCUCAGAAGCCUGUUGGGAAAAUGUAGAUAGUAUUUACAGCAGCAGGUUUUCCAAUUUUGGUCGCAGAAGGAUUUCCUUAUUUCAUGUUAUUCUUCCUUCCCUUUUCGUGUGGAGGUGUUAGAUCUCUUAUGUGGACGUAACUGAAGUGCAAGCCGCCCUCCGGCAAUGUUGGCGCAUGCACUUGUGGUACGUAGUGAUAUAUAGCAUAUAAAUUUUGAGCUGGAUUUGAAGUUGUAGAUUUGGUCAGAUGGAGUUGGAGGCCUAGGGAUUUAUGCAUUGGUUUUGCAGUUUGAUUGUUACUUGUUAGCCUACUUAGGCAUAUUUCUGAGUAUAUAAUGGUAAUACUUUGUUCUUACAAGUUUAACCAUUGUUUUAUAUAUUGGUAGCAAAAUUCUGCAUU